AUGCCAAUAUCACACAGACAAAAUCCAGCCAUAUCCAGACCCAGAAAGAGAGUCCAAAAACGCCGCUCCAACCCUAUCUGUCCUGCAGCACGAGGCUGCUGGUUGGCCUGCUCUCUAGCUUCUGGCUCACACCCUGGAACGCAUGCAUGUGGUGCUGGCACAGAUAUCAUCACCGAGCUGGGGCCGAGGGCUGCAACAGAAAUCUGGGGCCGGGGGCUGAAGCAGAAAGCUGCCACCGGUGGGUCGUGCAGGUCUAUGGGGCAAGCACCUGAGGCUGCCCCAGCCCCGGAGCCAGCAAGCACUCCAGCUGGUACCCGCACCUCUGUGACAUCUAGUUUCCCCUUCAAUCCAGAACUGGAGGGUUUUUUCCUCCAACAAUCAUGCUCUCCGGUCUGCACAAACUCCGGCAAGGCUUCCCCCGCAGCGCCUCUGUCCAUGAUGGAAUCUGUCCUAACACACCUCACUACCCGGGUUGCCCAGGCAAUGCUGCUGUGGCUGCCAUCAGAGAAAUGCAGUUUAAAACCACAAUAUCCCAAAUCUCAGGACCUGGGCAAAAUCAUGGUGGAACUCUGGGCCCAGCAUAAAGACGUGGCUCGGAAGAACCGAGAGGAGCUAGACAAGUCCUGGUCCCAUCGGACUGAAGAGAGCACCACAGUGGUCACCACACAGACUGCUGAGAUAGGUGCUGCUGAGACGACACUCACCGAGCUGAGACAUACGGUCCAGUCCUUGGAGACUGACCUGGACUCAAUGAGAAAUCUAAAGGUCAGUUUGGAGAACAGCCUGAGGGAGGUGGAGAUACGCUGUGCUAUGCAGAUGGCACAACUCAAUGGGACCCUGCUGCACCUGGAGGCAGAGCUGACCCAGAUCCGGGCAGAAGGGCAGCACCAGGCCCAGGAGUAUGAGGCCCUGCUGAACAUCAAUGUCAAGCUGGAGGCUAAGAUUGCCACCUACCGCCACCUACUGGAAAAAGGAGAGGACUUCAGUCUUUUUGAUGCCCUGGACAAGAGCCACUCCUUAGAAACCAUCCAAAAGACCACGACCCACAAGAUUGUGGACGUCAAAGUGGUGUCUGAGGUCAACAACACCAAAGUUUUGAGGCAUUAAAGGCAGCAAAAGUGGGGCAUCCCUUGGCAAGGCAGGAUGCCAAU